AUGUUUCCCAGAAAACAACUUACAAUGGCAUUCAACAACUCCACAGUGAACAUCGGAGGUGAAUACUGCUCUGAAGUCUUUGAGUUGCUGCUUGACUUGGAAACCUUUGAAACCUCCUCAUACAUUUUGAUCUUCAUCCUCAGUAUCAUAGGAAACUGCCUUCUUUAUGUCCUCUUUCUCUAUGAGAACUUAAAACAUUUCACAAAUCUAUUUGUCCUGAACCUUGCCUGCUCCGAUUUGAUGAUCACAGUCACACUUUCAUUCUGGGCCGUCUCUCGGCUGCAGGACUGGGUCGUUGGUCAUUUUGCCUGCACAUUUGUGACAGUGACAAAUAUUGUUGGUUUGUACAGUAGCGUCAUUCUACUGACUGCCAUGACUGUGGACCGUUUCAUAACUGUGGUGCUGCACAACAUGCCAAGAAACAAAGUAAGGAGGCAGAGGUUUGCAGCAUUGAGCUGUGCAGCUGCAUGGAUCAUCAGCAUUUAUUUGUCUGUAUAUGCUGCUACCAAAGUCACGGUGGAAGACUGGGGUGGUCGUUCCAUGUGUUUGAAUCUGAUGUCUUAUGUCAGGGGUUGUCUCUUCUUCUUCCUGUUAUCCAUCAUUGUUUUCUGCUAUUCUGCCAUCCUCAAGACAGUGUUGCAGGCUUCAAACAGAAGAAAGCACAGGACGGUAGUGGUGGUGUUAUGUAUAGUUGCUGCCUUCAUCAUCUGCUGGGUACCUUACAAUAUUAUGUCUAUAAUCGUGUCCCUCAAUGUACCUGAAAACUGUAAUGCAUUGAACCGUUUGAUUAUAGCCUUUAGUAUUUGUCGUGUACUUGCUUAUUUUCACUGCUGUAUGAACCCUAUUCUGUAUAUGCUCUCAGAAAAGUGGCGAAAGCAUCUUUUGGAUCUUUUUAGCUGCAAGAAAGUCAGGAGGGUGAGAGACGGAAAGAGAACCACUGGCUCUUCUGUUAAGCAGAACGUAGCUUUUAAUAGGCUUAUCAUGAUUUUCAUUGUAACGUCUUAA